GCCCCACUCCCUUGUGAGCGAAAGAGCUAGCCGCAGCUACCAACAAUGGCCAUCCCGGCUAAAGCCAGCAGCUCCUUCUCCGUCGCCUGCCUCUUGGCCGCCAUCUUCCUCCUCUCCUCAGCCCCACGGAGCCACGGCGGCAGCAUCGCCAUCUACUGGGGCCAGAACGGCAACGAGGGCACCCUGGCCGAGACCUGCAGCACGGGCAACUACGCCUUCGUCAACAUCGCUUUCCUCUGCAGCUUCGGGUCGGCCCAGGAGACCCCGCAGCUCAACCUGGCGGGCCACUGCGACCCCUACUCCAACGCCUGCACCAACCUCACCGCCGACAUCAACCUCUGCCAGUCCAAGGGCGUCAAGGUGAUGCUCUCCAUCGGCGGCGGCGCCGGCGGGUACACGCUCAACUCCGAGCAGGACGCCGCCGACCUCGCGAAGUACAUCUGGGACAGCUUCCUCGGCGGGAGCUCGCCCAAGCGGCCGCUCGGCGCCGCCGUGCUCGACGGCGUCGACUUCGACAUCGAGGGAGGGAACCCGGACUACUACGGCGCGCUGGCGGCGCACCUCAAGGCCUACGGCGGCAAGGGCAAGGGGGGCAGCAAGGAGGUGUACCUGUCGGCGGCGCCGCAGUGCCCGUUCCCGGACCAGUGGGUCGGCAAGGCGCUCCAGACCGGCCUCUUCGACUACGUGUGGGUGCAGUUCUACAACAACCCGCCGUGCCAGUACGUGCAGGGGGACACGGCCAACCUCAUGGACUCGUGGAAGCAGUGGACGUCGGGGGUCCACGCCAAGUACAUCUUCCUCGGGCUGCCGGCGGCGCCGGCGGCGGCCGGGAGCGGGUUCAUACCGGCGGGGAGCCUGGAGUCGCAGGUGCUCCCGGCGCUCAAGGGCUCCAGCAAGUACGGAGGGGUGAUGCUGUGGUCCAAGUUCUACGACGACCAGGACGGCUACAGCUCCGCCAUCAAGAACGCCGUCUGAUGAUGAUCGAUCUCAUUCCUGCACGGCCCGGGUUAUGGGAGCCGACAGUGGUGUGUGUAUAGUUGUGGCGCAUAUGGUCUGGCGACUGGCGUAGUUAAUUUAUCUGUGCGCACAGCGGGAUUUAUAUCGAAUAAAAGGAUCUGUCACCUGUACAGUGUUCUGCUGCUGGACUUACAGUCAACAUAUAUUAAAUCAUACUCCGUAAUUCUGACGAACGCGCCAGUCAUUUUCAAAUGAUACAAGACUAGAUAUGUGGCCGAGGCACUCUCAAAUAACACAUGGAUCAACGACAUCAGAUGUACACUUCCUGUCCAGGCCAUUGGAAUUCAUGGACCUGUGGCGUCUUUGUCUCGUACAGGAUGCUGCCCUGCGGCAGUUUAUUCAAUUGGCCAAGCCAGUGCUAUGAGCGGCCUCGUUUGCCUGGCGAUGAACAAAAUGAAGCUGGAAU